AUAAAUGAAAGGAUUGGUCUAGUAGUUGUUCAUCGUUAUCUUUAUUUUUGACAAUUAUAUCAUACCAAAUGUCAUCUUACAUGCAAUGUCAAAUUGGCGAUACAUAUUUUUCUUGGUCAUUUUUUUAACAAGAAUCAAUUCAAAAUCAUGGAAUGUUACAAUACAACCUCUGAAUUGGCGAUUUCCGAAGUGUUUAGAUGUUUCAUCUGCAUGGAAAAACUUCGAGAUGCCCAUCUAUGUCCUCACUGCUCUAAAUUAUGUUGUUACGUUUGCAUUAGAAGAUGGUUGACAGAGCAGAGGUCUCAAUGUCCCCAUUGCAGGGCAUCUCUUCAUCUGCAUGAACUUGUCAAUUGUCGAUGGGUCGAAGAAGUUACUCAGCAACUUGAUUGCCUCCAAUCGUUAACCGGUUUAUGUAAACAGAAUGAUGGAGAACGGGAUACGUGUUCAAUACACUUGGAGAAACUUUCAGUUUACUGCUGGACGUGCAGAUGUUGCAUAUGUCAUCAGUGUGCUCUAUGGGGAGGUACCCAUUCAGGACACACAUUCAAGCCGUUGAAUGAGGUAUACGAUCAGCAUGUGUCACAAAUUAAAGAUGAGGUAGUGCAGUUGAGACGAAGAUUAAUGGAAUUAGUAACUAUUGUUCAAGAAGUUGAAAAAAAUGUCGAUUCUGUCAGAUCCGCCAAAGAAGAAAGAGUGAGAGAAAUUAGAAAUGCAGUCGAAUUAAUGAUUUCUCGUCUAGAUUCUCAACUAAAAAACAAACUGCUAACUUUGAUGGGACAAAAAGAUUCCUUAACGCAAGAAACGGAGCAACUCGAACACCUUUUGCAUGAAACCGAGCACCAACUGCAGACAGCUAGAAAAUCAGAACUUAUUACAAAAAGCAGCGAAUUGUCUCGAAUGAUAAAUACGAUAAGAAAGAAGCCAAUAACUAGUUUUGUUACUGCUCCUGUACCCGCUGAUUUUCAUAGUGAAAUUGUUCCACCGUAUGAUACCAGCACUUACGUCAUGUACCCAUUCUCUGAACUCCAAAGAAAAUCCGAUCCUGUUUAUUCUAAUCCGCUACACUGCAACGGUCUAUGUUGGCGACUAAAGGUUUACCCUGAUGGCAAUGGUGUUGUACGUGGAAACUAUCUAUCGGUAUUCCUUGAAUUAACUGCAGGUUACCCCGAAACGUCCAAGUACGAAUACAGGGUGGAAAUGAUCCAUCAGGUCAGCAGAGAUCCCUUUAAGAACAUCGUAAGAGAAUUUGCGUCUGAUUUUGAAGUGGGAGAAUGUUGGGGAUAUAACAGAUUCUUCAGAUUGGACCUUUUAGCAAGCGAGGGAUAUUUAAAUGUGAUGAAUGAUACUUUGGUUUUAAAAUUUCAGGUGAGGGCUCCAACAUUUUAUCAAAAAUGUCGUGAUCAACAAUGGCACAUAAAUCAAUUGCAAGCCACCCAACUUCAAUAUGUCACUCAAAUCAGAGAAAAUAAAGAAAUUACCCCUACUCCAAAAGCUAUCGAUAAUUCUGUAAUGCAAGGAGCAUUCAAAAAUAUAACAGAGUGUAGUGAGGAAAUCGUUACACAAUGCGCACCAUCGACAUCAAGAAUUGAGGUUGUAGAAAAAUCUGUAGCCGUUUCUACUUUUUCAACAGAAGAAAAAGAAACAGCAAGUACUUCAAUAGCUGAAAAUCAGAUUAUGGCAAUUCCUUGUAUUUGUCAGUCCAAACAAGUUUCGUGCGCCAAUUCCUUAUGCAGUUCAAAUUCAGAAUCUUCUAUACAAACACAGGUGAGUGGCCAAAAAUCGCCGGGAAACUCUUCAACAAAUAGCAAUGAAGAUGGUCAACAAAUUAUAGGAGUAGGUGUAUCUAUCAGUUCCCCAAAUCUGCUUAAUUCCGCAGUAUCUCUGAUGUUAUCGAGCAGUACUAGCGAGAGCGACUUGAGCGAACCCGAACAGCUCAUAGAAGAAUAUGUUACGACCCAAAAUCGCAUUCAAUACGAGGAGGAAAUCGAAAACGAUGUAGAAGUUAUGUCGAGUGGAGAUUGCGGGAAUGUAUCUUGCGAUUCUUGUGAAUGUCCAGAAUCCGGUAAUGCUGUAGCCGAAAAAGAUGCUGAAAAUAUACCCACUUGCGAACUUGGACAGCCUCAUACUUCAAUUGGUCAUAGUUAUAUGAACUAACAUAAAACAUUUUUACAUUUUUUCAUUAUACAAAGUUUAUAUUCAAAUGUUUUAUUUUAAUAUUUUUAAAAAUAUCGAAAAAUGUUUUUUAGAUAAGUUGUUUUUGGUAUCAAGCUUAUCCAUUCAUUAACGGGUUGAUCUUGCAUGCUUUAAACUUGUCGCAAUAUGCGUGGAACCAUCUGUUCACUUUACUCUCCACUCCAAUCCCGUCUCUCAAGACCAGUGUUCUUUUAAUUUCGUUACACGUUACCAUGGUUACACCUUAAAUGUCCUUCAAAUUUCACUCCAUUCUCGCCAAAUAUCGGACCGCUGCCUACUCGUCAAAUAUCGAACCG